CUGGUGUGGAGGCUGAGCUGCAUCCGGUCUCUGUUGGCCAUAAGAGCAUGGAUGCAGAAAUGAAACAGCCACUUGAGGGAUCCAUGUCCCUGAACAUCGACAGCGAAGGUGAACCCCACAUUGGAAAUGGAUCGAUCGUCGUCGAGAACCCUGCAUCUGACCUGGUGAAGUCAGAAUCUGACCGAAUAAAAACCUUUUACCAGACGGUCCUGUCGGCUAUCAUGGUGUUCGUCACGGCAGCGCUAUCAAGCUACAAGGACAUGAAGCCUCUUUACUCGACCACAAGCCACGGCAAAGCUCACCUCAGCAACCUCCUAGUCGACGAGGGCCUAUUCAUAUUCAUGACCUUCUUGUGUGCUAUGGUCCUAAUGAUGUCUGAGUUCGUCGUGCACCAGCAUGGCCGGCGGGGCCAUGUCUGGUGCUGGGUUCGCACCAUUCUCGUUGCAGUCACCGGUGUGAUGCUAAUCGUGGCUGACACAAUCCUCCUCAUCGUGACGAACCGAAGCAACAUGUUGCUGUCAGUUCUUCUUGUACCGGAGGUGUUGCUUUUCGGCGUGGCCGUGAGCGUUGGAGCAUGGAUGCAAGAGAGUUUACCCAGCUCGGAGCUUGGCAGCAGGUACGAUUCCGCCAUGAAGGGAACCUUUGAUAUAGCUACAGUUGGCACCAUUGUCUCGUUCACGCUUCAGGGGGGCAUCGUCUUUGGCUACCUGAAAACCCCAGACAGUAAUCAGGUCAAGCAUGACCCGCCGCUGGACCUCGCUGCGUGCUACGCCACCUCGACGCUCUCCCUGACCGGAAUGACAAUGUGUGCCAUGCCGCUGGCAUAUCUCCCCAACGGCAUGCUGGAGGUUCUCGUCAGAGUCGUCGAGAGGCUUAGGAGUGCUGUGCUGGCCGCUCUGGCGAUGAUGGCGCUGGUCGUCUCAGUGGAGUUCCUGGAUGGAUUCGUCGUGGUCUCCUUCUUUCCCGACGCCGUCACGAUUGCCCUGUACUACGUGGUGAAGCUGUUCUCGGCAUGUCAACCCCGAGAGGAGAUCUCACAGCUGGACUUCACCUUCCGGAUCGUUGCCGCCGCGGGGUUCACGCUAAUGACUGGACUCUAUGCGGCUUUUACGGGGACAGAUCACUAUGGCUUCAACCUCAAGACCGCUAUGUUCAUCCUGUUGCUUGCAGUUGUGUCGAGCUUGAGCCGUCUGGCAAUCCCACUUCACAUGCCUGAGGCGGGAGUGGGAGGAGUCAUCGAGUUCGGCAUUGUUAGUAUAGCUCUCUCUUUUCCCCUGCUGGCGCUUCUGGCUGCCAUUCCAUUGGUGUUCAAGGUCUUCGUCGACCAUUACAUCAAUCGCUAGUCUUUGGGUUGUCUGGCGCAAUUCUUCCUGUGGUACAGUGCCAGUAAUGAAUGAUGCGUUUUU